AAACCAACACAUGGUAAUGUCAGAUUAUUUUGGGGAGAGAGGGAGAGAGAGGAAGAACAGACCAUAAGUGAAUUGAGAGCCCCAUAAGCUCUGAGGUAUCACAGGCACGCGCAUCUCUCAGCUGGAGCGCAUCAUCUGUUCAUUCCGCCACUCGACUCUCGAGCCACUCACUCACCGCGCUCGAUAUGUGAAGGUGUAACGCUCAUGUAUGUGAUUUGUCUGUGUCCCGAAACCCGAAAUAUCUGGACGAGAUGCUUUCAAAAAGGUGGAUUGUUGGAGAUUUUGUAUGGAGGCAGCGGGACACCUCCCCAUAGUUCGGCAUAGAGUGUCUCUGAAGAGUGCACGAGAGACCGUCACCAGAGUUGCCGCGGCUCGGAUUGAGGACCAUCUGCUGAAAUUACUCAACAAUCUGUGUUUUAGAGGGAUAACCAAAUUUCAAACGUGUCAGUAUCUCGCUAUAAGAGCUUUUAGAGCAUUUUGGAUAAUAUACAACAAUACUGCUUGUUUCGUGAGGGUCGCUGAGAGCUGAACUACACCACCAGGUGCCCCUGCUUAAUCUAUUCACUGGAUAACAACAAUUAAUACUGCAGAAUGUGUUCCUCUCCUUUUGGACUGCUCUCAGUUGCAUCUUGUGAAAUAUUUGCUCGGGACCACACAGGAUGAAAUGGACAUCAGCACUGCAAUAAAUUAGCCUAAUUGAAAUUCAGUGAGAAGUCUCCUCUGAGCUAUAGGAGUACAUACAUUUAUGUAUUCUGAUUAAAUCAGACAGCGUUUGAUAGAUCGCUUGGCAUCUUACUGACAGUGUGACGUCUGGAAUACAAGAAUAAAUGAACCUGAGUGGACAGACAGAGAAUUAACAAUAUCCAACAUGUUUAAACGGGGCUGUGGGCUGGAGUUCCUGCUGGUCCUCUGCGGGCUGGAGCUCUCCUGGUCUUGCCCACGCCACUGCAUUUGCUAUAUGGCCCCCAGCACUGUCAGCUGCCAAGCCCACAACUUCCUGUCCGUCCCGGAAGGAAUUCCUCCGCACAGUGAGCGCAUCUUCCUCCAAAACAACAAGAUCCAUCGACUACUGCGGGGUCACUUUAGCCCUACCACGGUCACUCUGUGGAUUUACUCCAACAACAUCACUUAUAUUGAACCAUCUACUUUCCAAGGGUUCACCUUGCUGGAGGAACUGGACCUGGGAGACAAUCGCCACCUACGUUCACUGUCUGCAGAAACCUUUCAUGGGCUGGGCCGGCUCCAUGCCCUCCAUCUAUACCGCUGUGGCCUCAGUGCACUGCCGAAUAACAUCUUCCAGGGUCUCCGCAACCUCCAGUAUCUGUACCUGCAGGACAACCAUUUGGAGAAUCUGCAGGAUGAUCUUUUCGUGGACUUACACAACCUGAGCCACCUGUUUCUUCACGGGAACCGUCUCUGGAGCCUGCACCAAAACACAUUUAGAGGACUGGGGGCUUUGGACCGGCUGCUACUGCACCACAACCAACUGCAGUGGGUGGACCGUCUGGCAUUCCACGACCUGCGGCGACUUACUACUCUCUAUUUGUUCAACAACUCCUUGACGGAGUUAGCUGGAGAGUGUCUGAUCCAGCUGCCUGCCCUGGAGUACCUUCGCCUCAACGACAACCCUUGGGAGUGUGACUGUAAGGCUUUAUCACUGUGGGAUUGGCUCAAAAAGUUCCGGGGAUCCACAUCAUCAGUGGGUUGCGUGGCACCGGCAGAACUGGCAGGCAAAGAUUUGAAACAACUGAGGAAAGAGGACUUCCCGAACUGUUCCGGAUCUGAGUCUCUGCACCAGAGUAAGACCAAGACUUGGGCAGGAACAGAUAACUCACUGACGCAGGAACCCCAUCCUGCCCAGCCUCCACAAACACGCCCACAUCACCCCCAUCUGAAUGAACAGUACUCUUCCCCUCCCUCUCCCCUGCCCCAGCCACCCCCUGCCAUAAAUGGUGUACAAGCAGGACCGGGAGGGUCCCCGGGCACAGACUCUGCUCAGAGGCCCGGCCGAUCUCGGAACUGCACACGCCAACGUGUCCGGGGCAGCAAGGGAAAAGGACCCAACGAGGUCCACAUCUUAAAAGAGAUGGCGGAUAAGGAGUAUUCCUCUCCUGAUUUCACUGGGAAAUAUGAUGAAACAUCUUCCGAUGGUUCAAACACACGAAGAAAGCACAAAUGUACCCCCCGGACCUCUGUGCAUCCCCCUAGUGGGGUCCAGAAAGCCAGCUGUGGACACUCUCAUCAUACACAUCUCUGUCUUUGUUGUAUUCUGGGACUGCUUGUGCUCAUUCUGCACUGAACUAAAUUCUGGACUAUCAUGGAUACGCCGCAGUCCUCAGAUCAGCUCUAGCUCCAGCAUUACCAGGCCUACUAAUGUGUGUAUGUUUGUGUGUGUAUGUGUGAGUGAUAAAGUGUAAUACAUUGUACAAGGAGCUUUGCCAUUUAGACUGAAAUAGAUGAAAACUGAACACUGGAUGUUAUAAAUUCAAAUUUGGGUUGGGGAACAAGAAGAACAGUAAAGCAAACUAAACAUGCUUGCACUGCCACUGUUGUUGUUCUUAAUUUUUUUCUUUUCUUUUCCCAUUUCUUGUUGUCUGGUUUCCCCUUCUAAAUGGAAAACAACUUCAAUGAAAGAAAGCACAGAUAACCAAAUAAAUGUGUAGAAACAAUGUGUAAUAUGAGACACAAGCAAGCAAUGUAGGUAUGCAAAGACAGAGGUUGUGUUUAGAAAAUAUCUCCAACUUCUUUUCUUUAAAAUUUCUAACAUAUAGAAAGGACAUUGUCCUUUGUUUAAUUUAUCACAUUAUUGCCAAAUACAUUCACAAAUAUAUCAGUGUAAGGUCUCCUAAGAUCAGGGGCCCUAUAAUACACCCGGCGAAAUGCAACGCAAGGCGCAGCGCAAGUGUGUUUGCUAGUCUGCGUCCGGCGCCGUUCGCGUUUUCCCGUUCAGCGCCACG